ACUGCUGUCCUUUCUCCACUUUUAAGAGCAGACGACAAAAUAGUAAAUCAAUCAACAUAAUUCGUUUUUCUUUUCAAUCUACUAACCUAAAAAUCGUUCAAUCUGAAAUUUCACUGAUUUUAGCAGAAAGUAGUUUAGGGUAUGUUUCAUUAUAAUUUUCAAAAAAAUUCUCUCUUUAUGAGAGUACAAUUUUUUGAUUUGUUUGUAUUCUGUAAUCAUACGCCCACAGGUUCUUAAAUGGAGUUUGCCGAAUUUAUAAAAACGCCUCAAGUACAAAGUGUAGUUGUCAAGCGUCCAUUACGUCAAGAUCUAGAAGGGGCUCUAUGUGUAACUGGCCAUCACCUGAUCGUUUCUAAUAGAGACAAAGAGGAGUUUUUAUUGAUUCAUAAGAAUGUCGAGGUCGUAGAAAAGCAAUUAAGUUCAGGACUGAGUCAUAUCAAAUUAAAAUGUAAGAACUUCGAGGUCAUUCAUAUUGAAUUUAAAUCAUCUGAAGAGUGUAGCAAUGUUGCAUCUUCGAUUGAGAAUUUAUCGAACGUUGAAAGCACGGAAUUCCUGUAUCCGUUCUUUUACCGCCCUAACUCAGACAUAAAAGAAAAUGGAUGGGAAGCUUUUAAAGUCGAGACAGAAUUUGCUAGAAUCAAGUAUAAAACUGAUCAGUUUCGUUUGAGUUACGUCAACAAGGAAUUCGAUGUUUGUCCCAGUUAUCCUCAAGCUUUAAUCGUUCCGAAAACAAUCGACGAUGACGAAUUGCGAAUCAUCGCUAAAUUUAGACAUUUAGGACGCUUUCCAGUUUUAAGCUACUAUCAUAAAGAAACUCAGGCAUCUUUGAUGCGUUGUAGUCAGCCUUUAGUGGGUACGAAUAAUAACAGGUGUAAGGAGGAUGAAAAACUACUGAAGGCCAUUCUAACGUCUAGUCACAAAGGUUUUCUGAUUGAUACACGUUCAGCUCAGAAUUCCAAAGUCGAAGCUAGUAGGGGGAAAGGGGUAGAGUCAGACAUUCAUUAUUCACAAUGGCGUAAAAUUCAUCAGAAUAUUGAAAGGCACUUCGUCUUGCACGAGUCGUUGUCGAAACUUAUAGAAGUGGUCAAUGACAAGUCAUGUACCAGCGACAAGUGGAUAUCGCGUCUAGAGAGCAGUGGUUGGAUGACUCACAUGAGUUCAGUUUUGACUUGUGCAUGCUUUGUAGCUCAAUGUAUUGAUCGAGAUAAGGCUUCCGUGGUUGUUCAUGGGUCUGAUGGUACUGAUUCGACUCUGCAGGUUACUUCUUUGGCACAGCUAUUAUUAGAUCCCGAUUGUAGAACAGUUAGAGGCUUCCAAGCCCUUAUCGAAAGAGAAUGGAUUCAAGGCGGGCAUCCUUUUGGGCAAAGGUGUGCAAAAAUAGCUUUCGGCUCUACGCCAAAUCGUCAAGAGGCACCAGUCUUUCUACUUUUCCUUGAUUGUGUUUGGCAGAUUUGGCAGCAGUAUCCUUGCUCUUUUGAGUUUAGCGAUAAAUUCCUCGUUCUCCUUUUUCAUAAUGCGUAUUCAUCCCAAUACGGAACGUUUUUAUCUAAUUGCGAAUUUGAUAGAAGAAAAUAUGAUAUAAAAAACAGAACUGUUUCGUUAUGGUCUUAUGUAAAUCAACCAAAUGUUAUAGGGGAUUUAAUGAAUCCCCUUUACGAACCUAAUCAUUCCGUUAUCUGGCCGUCCGUAGCUCCUCAGAGUCUAAAUUUUUGGUCUAACGUUUACGCUGCUUUUAAACCCUCGAGAAUACAGCAAGAUAAACUUGUUGACUAUAUAAGAAACAUAAAAGAUGAAGAUAAACAAUUAAAAUCAAGAGUUAUAAAACUGAGAAGGCAAUUAGCUAAUCUUGAAAGAGAAGCUAUAGAAAAGAACUUAAUACCGCAUCAUCAUUCGAAAAGUAGUCAGAGAAGUGCAUGA